GGAGAAGGAUCUGGACGAGGUCCUGCAGACACACACGGUGUUUGUCAACGUUUCCAAAGGCCAGGUGGCAAAGAAGGAAGAUCUUGUUCGAGCUUUUGGGACAGAUGACCAAACAGAAAUCUGUAAGAUGAUUUUAUCCAAAGGGGAGCUGCAGGUAUCGGACAAAGAACGCCACACACAGCUGGAGCAGAUGUUUCGAGACAUCGCGACUAUCGUGGCUGACAAAUGUGUGAAUCCUGAAACGAAGAGGCCGUACACGGUGAUCCUUAUAGAGAGAGCCAUGAAGGAUAUUCACUACUCCGUCAAACCACACAAGAGCACCAAGCAGCAGGCACUGGAAGUGAUCAGGCAGUUGAAGGAGACGAUGCAAAUUGAACGUGCUCACAUGAGGCUGCGAUUUAUUCUUCCAGCAAAGGAAGGGAAGAAACUGAAAGAGAAGCUGAAGCCACUGAUUAAAGUCAUUGAGAAUGAAGAUUUCCACGAACAGUUAGAAAUC